AGGGUUCGGUUGGAUUGUGUUGUGUUGUGUGUGCCACUCUGAACAAAUGUUGAGUGCUUAAUUUGGCUCUCCCAUUUUUUCUCUUUUUUUAAAUUUCUUUGGAUUUUGGAAAACAUUUUUCAUCUCCGUUGGAGCAACAUGGGCUAUUGCCCAUGUUUCGGGUUCAGGAAGGGGAAGAAGCUCAAGAGCGACACAGACGAAGAGAAAGACGUCGAGAAGACCACAAUACGCAAGCCCGAGGAGAAUGUGCCUCAAUUGUCUUCUGAAGAUGGAACUAAUGCUGAAAAUAAGGCUCAGACAUUCACCUUCCGUGAGCUUGCAACUGCAACUAAAAAUUUUAGGACGGACUCCUGUAUCGGAGAAGGUGGAUUUGGGGCUGUAUACAAAGGAAAACUGGGAUCUGGUCAACAGGUUGUCGCAGUAAAAAAACUCGAUCAGACGGGUCUUCAAGGAGAAAAGGAGUUUCUGGUGGAGGUUCUCAUGCUUUCUCUUCUGCGUCACCCUAACCUUGUCAGUUUAAGUGGUUAUUGUGCUGAAGGGGAGCAGCGCCUGCUUGUCUAUGAAUUCAUGCCCUUAGGGUGCUUGGCAGAUCACCUCCACUAUCCUCCACCUGGUAAGGAGCCACUUGAUUGGAAUACAAGGAUGAUGAUAGCUGCAGGUGCAGCCAGGGGAUUGGAAUAUCUUCACCAUGAAGCUGAUCCACCUGUAAUAUAUAGGGAUGUAAAAUCAGCUAACAUUUUAUUGGGCGAAGGUUUCUUCCCAAAGCUUUCUGAUUUUGGGCUUGCAAAAUUUGGUCCAACCGGCGAUAGAUCGCAUGUUUCCACCAGGGUCAUGGGUACUCAUGGUUACUGUGCUCCUGAAUAUGCUAAAAGUGGAAAGCUGACAACAAAGUCUGACAUUUACAGUUUCGGAGUAGUAUUGUUGGAGCUGAUCACUGGACAUAAGGCGAUUGAUAGCAAUCUUGGUCGUGAGAAGCAUCUUGUUGAGUGGGCACGUCCUUUUAUGAAAGACCACAAGAAUGUUGCGCAACUUGCGGAUCCACAGCUUAAAGGUCGCUUUUCAGUAUCUGUCUUGAAGAAAGCCUUUGAAGUGGCUUCCAUGUGUCUCAGAGAAGAUGCUGGUGCCCGGCCUUCAAUGAGGGAUAUUGUGCUAGCUAUGGAUUACUUGGCAUCCCGUCCAUAUAAUGAACCAAAUGAGACCAACAAGGUUGAAGUAAAGGGUUCAGGGGAUAACUCUCCCGAUGAAACAACUAUGUUAAACAAGGAGUUGGAGAGAGAAAGAGCUGUUGCUGAGGCCAAGGUGUGGGGAGAGACUUGGAGAGACAAACGAAGACAAGGAACUCCAUAAACCACUUGGUUCCCGAUAAUGUUGAUGGUAGGGAUAGGAUCAGGUGGCUUCCUGCUAAAGAUGGAGUCUAUACUCUAUAGUACUGCUUGUGCUUGGGAGAAACUCAGAAAUUCUAGGCCUAUGACAGCUUGGGCUGAUCUGUCUAAUGUGAAUUAGCAACAAUAAUGUUGAGGGAGGAGGUUUCCAUCCUUUGGUUAGCUAACAAAGGUAAGCAGGCAACUCUUGACAGAAUCCUUGUCUAGUACUUAUGAGCACUUGUAUAGACUCCAUGGGCUAUUAGAUUGUGUGUUUUGUGUCAGGUUUUGCUGGAGUCUCAUGAGCACUAAUUCUUUGAUUGUUCCUUUUGUGAUGAUGAUACAUAGUACUCUAGAGUGCAUGGUGAAUAUGGGAUCAUUUCUGGUCUCAUCUUUGUUAAUUGGGCUGCUGUGCUGUUCAAUGGAAAGGUAAACAAGUGCAUUAUGUUAUGUAGUGAAAAAAGCUUUGCCUGGCUCUGGCUCUAGCUCUGGCUCUGGCUCUGGCUGGCUGGGAUUGUGGAUCAUAUAUGGAGGUGGAGAAAUGAUAGGAUUUUGGGAAUGAGAGCAAAGCUUGCCAUGGCUGUGCUGUGUUCAACUUGUAAUAUUUCGAGUCUUUCUGUGGAUGACAAAAGCUUGUGCUGCUCAAAUAGUGUGACAGUAAUCUUCCUGUAAUUUUGAAAGCUGCUGGAGGCUUCCUUUGUGUCUAUUGUGUUGCCCUCUGCUCUGUGCAAGGCUUUGCAUUGUGUCUGUUCUGUUGUGCAUACUACUUAAUUAAUACUUACGGUGGAAGUGGUUAUUGACGCUGUCAGUUAUUUCUGUUUUAUGAUUU